AUGAAACUCACGGCAUUCUCCGGUGUUGUGGUUGCCGCACUCUUCUCUCUCGCCUUUGCCGGUGAGCCUGGUGAACACGAUGCCAACGACUCGUGCUACAACACCUGUGAAGCGAACAAGGGAGUCAAGGACGGUUUGCAUAUUUCUUCUCCAGCUUGUCCUGGUUUGACGGGAGACCUCUGCAAGAAAAGCUGCUGGUGCGAUACGAGCAAGAGUCAUCCUGAAGGUGUCAUGGGCUGCAACAACAAGAAACUGCCUUCCUGCAGCGCCGACGCGAUCCUCAAGACUUGCAAGGCCGGUCUUCCCAACGCGUGGCAUUGCUGGUGUCAGGGAACCUGGAAUGAUUGGGGAAAGGACUGCGACUGGUGA